CUCGGCAGGGAACGUCUGUUGUCUGUAAAAGAUGACUUGUUAAAGUUAUUUUCUGCAACAACAUUACAUCAACACAGCAAACUCUCGUCGCCUCACUAGUGGUUCAUUUUUAAAGUUAAAAAAAGUACAAAAUACUAAUCGUCACCAUGCCAUCAUCCGUGUGGCGGUAUUUGGUGGAUGGUUAUCAUGAGAAACUUGUGCUUGUGGCUUUAGUGCAGACUUUGGUGACUCAUCUAUUCGUUCAUCCAGCAGCAGCAAACAUGCUACAGGAAGAGUUUCGUGCACAACGAUCGCUUGCCAGCAGACAGAUCUCAAGCCGCCGAGACACACGCUUUUUACCAAUAUUUACCGUCUAUCAGUGGGGUCAAGGGCUGUGUUCGGCCGCUUCCGGUGAGUAUGGAUCCUGUCAGCCCAACAACGAGUGCGUACUGCGCGGCGGCAUACCGGCGGGACCGUGUGCCGGUGGGUACGGGACGUGCUGUAUCUUUAUGGCAUCGUGUGGCGGAGUGGUGCGUGAAAAUGGAACUUACUUCGUCAACCCGAACCAUCCGGACAGUACGGACGGGACGGGCAGCUGUCAGCUCACUAUCUUGAAGAUGCAUCCGGACAUUUGCCAAGUUCGACUCGACUUUGACCAUUUCUCGCUGAACGGGCCCGAGAUCGUGAACCACAUCUGCAACACGGACCAAUUCCUCGUGUCGGGCGGCAGUCCUGCCCCAACGAUCUGUGGCAGCGCAACGGGUGAGCACAUGUACAUAGAUGCAGGAAUGGGCCAAAGCAAUCCCAUCAUACUGACCGUCAUUACGAGUGGACCAAGCUUCCCGCGAUCCUGGCGCGUUCGCAUCUCGCAGAUUCCUUGCGGUGCCAUCGCGAAGGCGGACCAGGGCUGUCUGCAGUACCACACGGGCGUGAGUGGCCGGGUGAAGAGUUUCAACUUUGACCCGCUCAGUGGACGGCAGCUAUCGAACCAGGACUACAGCAUAUGCAUCCGAACGGAGCGCAACUUUUGCAGCAUCCAGUACACGGCAUGUCCGGGUGCGGUGCCUGGCAAUCGAUCGCGCACCUUCACACUGUCCGGUAACAGUAACAGCGUCGUGCAGGCGAUGGUUGGUGGCGGUACGCAAGGUUCACCCAAUUCCUGCACCAACGACUGGUUGAUGGUGCCGUGUGCCAAGAUUGCGGACCGAUUGCCGAUGGCUAGCACGUGCGAGGACAAGAUUUGCGGCGGCACCUUCAAUGCGGAGGUUAGCUCUGUCGAGCGGACCGUCGUGUCGACGAUACGCCCGUUCCGGCUAGCCUUCCACACCGACUCCAUCGAAGCACCGACCGAUGUGGACAAUCGUGGCUUUUGUCUCGACUACGUGCAGCAACCCUGCACCAGCAAUAAGUAAUGGUGUGCUUCAUUAAACCGCCCUGUGGGCGAUGUACCGUUGUUCCGUUGUCCCGCUGUUCGGAUGUACUACGUGCAAUAA